UCCCAUUCACACACAAACACACUCACACAGCGGCAGUCCGACUGGCGGUUCCCAGAAAAGGCAGCAGGGGAAAAUAACUCCUCCGGCCGCUUUGCAACCAGCAACUAUCACAGACGUGAAGUCGACGUGAUGUCAGGCACGAAAUGCUACUGUUUAGUGUAAGAAGACGGCUAUCUAUAAAGGAAGAAGCUGCAGAAAGAAGUGGGUGAGCAGUGACAGCUGGAGAGAAAGCAACCCAAGGAUUUGUGGGGGUGCACGUGGAAAAAGGCUCUCUUAAAACACAUCGUGAAGUUUGGACCCCUGCCCUUUAACUGUUUACCAGCUGUUUACUCCCGUCUCAGAGAUGAGUGCCAAGUCAGUUAUCAACAAGGAGAUCUUUGCUCCUCAUGAUGAGAAGAUGCUUGCUGCUGUACAGGUGAAGAGGAGGACAAAGAAGAAGAUUCCUUUCCUGGCCACUGGUGGUCAAGGAGAUUACAUGACUUUCAUUUGCCUAUCAGUGACAAAUAAGAAACCAUCCCAUGUAUCUAUCACUAAGGUGAAGCAGUUCCAAGGAUCGUCUGCCUUUGUCAAAAGGUCGUGGUGGACAAUCGACCAGCUACGACAGGUCAAUGGCAUCGACCCAAACAAAGACUGUCCAGAGUUAGACCUGACGUUUGAUAAUGCUUCCGAUCAGUGGGUUGCUAGUUCAGCAGGAGAGAAGUGCACCUUUAUCCAGAUACUCCACCACACCUGCCAGCGCUACAGCUCAGGGCGGAAACCAGAGUUUGUCAACUGUCAGUCCAAACUGCUUGGCGGUAAUAGUAUACUACACUCAGCUGCAGACAGUGUGACAAGUGCUGUACAGAAGGCCAGCCAAGCCCUGAAUGAGCGUGGUGAACGAUUAGGUCGGGCUGAGGAGAGGACUGCAGACAUGAUGAACAGUGCUGAACAGUUUGCUGUCACUGCACACAAGCUUGCCAUGAAGCACAAGUGUUAGACCACUGCCAAAACCGACUGGGCUGGGGGGAGGUCGGUCCCCAGUUGCUGCACCGGAGAAGGAUUCCAGAUUUUAUUCUUUUAAGAUUUUUUUAUAUGAUUAAUAUUUGUUAACAAUGUUAACGUUUUAAUGUUUUGGGUUAUUGUACUGCAGAGCAUCUCAUUCCUAGUGAUGGUGACACACACAGGAGGAGGAGAUAAACAACUCUUCUUCAGACUGUCAGCAGAAUGUUCAAGGCACCAAAAAGUUACAAGUCACAGCCACGACUGGACUUGAUAAUGUUACUCCCUCACUACAGUUCUUUUUAUUUGCUAAAACAUUCAUAUGAGUGUGCACAAGCUGACUACAAAUAAUCACUUUGAGACGAGACAGCUUGUUUCCGAUUUAAGAAUUAUUGAUGAGCACAUAGUGAUUCUGCAGCCUGGUUUAUGAGGGAAGGGCCUCUCAUGGCUCAAUUCAUUCUGAAUUGAGCAUCACUAUAGGUUCAACAUGUAAAUAUAUCGCACGUAGAUGCUCAAAUCCAGGCUUUACCU